AGUAAAAUUUCGUAUUAGUCUGUACUCUGUAGUCAUUACCACGAUUAAAGACAGUCUUGUCUAUGAAAGACAGUAUCUAUCUUUAAUCUUGGUCAUUACUAUUAAAUUGCUUGAACAGAAAUAAUAUACGACUGUGCUACUCGACUACAAGAACUUCUACUACUACAAUCUUCUCAGAACACUAAUUUAAAGGCGACAGUAUGGAGGAGUUCAAGACAAGAGUGAAAAACGAAAGCGAUAUGGAUGCAUGGGAAUCAUCUGAAGCAUACGACGAUUAUAUUGGAUUCAUAACAGCCAUGAACAAAUCCGUGUAUGCCAUACCAUCAAACAAAACUUUGACGCUGUCAAUUGAGAUUUCACAGUUAUUAAAUGUAUUGAACACAAUUGAUGAUUGGAUUACAGAAGUGGAACCAUUGAAAGAGAGCUGUAGGUUUGGAAAUAAAGCUUUUUCUACAUUUUACAAUUUAUUAAAAACGAGAUUGCCCGAAAUAUUGUCAAAAGAAUUGUCGUCAGUCGACCAACCAAACAUUAUUGAGCUAACCGCUUAUAUUGUUGAUAGCUUUGGUAAUCCAACUCGUAUCGAUUAUGGCACUGGACACGAAAUGUCAUUUUGUAUGUUCUUGUGUGGCUUAUACAAAGUAGACGUAUUGAAACAAAGUGACAGUAAAGCUACAGUCAACGUGCUAUUUUCAAGAUAUUUAGAAAUAGUUCGUAGACUUCAACUCAGGUAUCAAAUGGAACCAGCUGGAAGUCAUGGUGCUUGGAGUUUAGAUGACUACCAGUUUGUACCUUUUAUUUGGGGUAGCGCACAACUAAUCGAAAACCCAGAUUUUAAUCCAAAUUUGUUUGUUGACGAAAAAUGUGUGCAACAGUUCAAAUCGAAGUAUAUGUUCCUCGGAUGUAUUGAUUUCAUUAUGCAAGUAAAAAAAGGAUUGUUUCAUGAACAUUCUAACCAACUUUGGAAUAUUAGUGGUGUUCAAAGUUGGAAUAAAAUCAAUGAAGGUCUAAUUAAAAUGUAUAAAAAAGAGGUACUGGGAAAAUUCCCAAUCAUUCAACAUGUACCUUUUGGAAAUUUAUUUAAUUUUAAACAAUGUAUAAAAAAAAAAACCUUUGCUACACCAUCGGUGAUGAAAACUCCUGCACUGUCAUUAUUGGAAAAACUAAAGAAAACCGACCAAUCAGUGCCAAACAUAGUAAAUAAGUAAAUUAUUGUCACAUUUGUAAACUUAUACAAAUGUGUUUAUACUUAAUGUGAAUUAAAUAUCAGCUAUAUCUUAAAA